AUGGUAUGGUCUGGUGUUGAUUCUACAGACUGCUGGACCCCGUGGUUCGACAGAGACGAUCCUUCUGGUAAAGGAGACUAUGAGACUAUUUACCAUCUGCGAAAGGAAAACCCUGGAAAGAUCUGCGACAAACCUCAUGGCAUGCAGGUCCAGACCAUCUCAGGACUGCCAGCCUCCUCCACCGGGAACAGCUUUUACAAGAACGACCUAACCACAGGAUUCAUCUGUAGAAACAGAGACCAGAAGAACGGUCGCUGUCUGGACUAUAAGGUCCGCUUCUGGUGUCCCUGCGUACCAGAGUGCUGGACUCAGUGGUUCGAUGUAGACGAUCCCACCGGAACUGGAGACUGGGAAACUCUCACCUUCUUACGCCUUCAUUAUCCUGGAAAAAUCUGUAAACGUCCGCUGGAGAUCGAGGCCCAGACCACGGCAGGAGUUCCAGCUGCUGCUACGGGACAGAACUUCUACAGAAUCGACACAGAUGUAGGAUUAAUCUGCAGAAACCAUGAGCAGAAGAUUCAUCGGCAGUGCUUCGACUACCGCGUUCGCUUCAGGUGUCCCUACGAGUUCUGCUAUCCUCAACCCUGCUGGACUCGCUGGUUCGACAGAGAUGACCCCUCUGGCUCUGGGGACUGGGAGACUCUGUUUGCUCUUCGUGCUGAGUUCCCAGGACAGAUCUGCAACUCACCUCUGGAGAUCCAAGUGCUGACGACUAGCGGGAACAGUGUGGCAUCCACCGGGAACGUGAUCACGGCGAGUAACACAGCUGUUGGCUUUAUCUGUGAGAACAAGAAUCAGAAAAAGGGGAAGAAGUGUGCGGAUUUCAAAGUGCGCUUCAGGUGCCCAGAUGCGUUCUGCAGCGAUGACAUUUGCUGGACCAGCUGGUACGAUCGGGACGACCCAUCGGGCACCGGGGACUGGGAGCUUCUGACAGACCUGCGGAAAGAAAACCCCAACCAGAUCUGUGACACCCCUCUGUACAUCGACGUGAGGACGGUGGACACCAACCAACCCAUCACCCAGACGGGACAGCAGCACCACAUCUACAGCCCGACUGAAGGGUUCGCGUGUCGAAAUGAUGCCCAGAAAGGAUGCAGGUGCCAGGACUACAAAGUGCGCUUCGGCUGCCCCUGUAACUGCACGGUGCACCUGGAGGAUCCCCUGCAGAUCUACGGCCCAUAA